GAAACAGAAAAAAGAAAAAAGAAAAAAAAAAAUGUAUAUAUCCUUUCUUUCUAUCUAAUUACCUGAUCGAAUUGAUUACACAUCUCAUCCCUUGAUCUCCCCUCCACACUGUUGCAUUCUCAUCAUGGCCAGGGUCAGUCCACUCCAUCCAACCAAGGAGAAAAUGCCUACAACCAACAAUAUCAGCUUUGUUCAGGAAAAGCCGGACAAGGCUUCAUCUAGACGACCAUCCUACGUGUCUGCAAUGCAGGCCAAUAAUUUUAUUCUGGACAAGAAUGAGCGUUAUGGCGCCACAUGCCAUGACCACGGCUACCACAAUCGUUCUACAUCUGUCGAUACAACGUCGACAUUUGAAGAAGGAGCUGUAAUGGAGUCCGGUUCUCGAGGCUACCUUGUUGUCUUUGGGGGUUUCCUGACCAUUAUGGUUGCUAUCGGCUAUGUUUCAAUCUAUGGUAUCUUCCAGUCUCAAUAUGAUGAUAUCUAUGGCGCUCAAGGAGCAUCUACUUCUGAUGUCUCCCUUGUCGGAUCCUUGGCUGUUGGUUUCCAGUUUGGUUUCACUAUCAUCUCUGGUCCUCUUAUGAACCGCUUUGGAUACAAGGUUGUCCUCUGGUCAGGUAGCAUCAUCGGCUCAUUAGGUUUGCUACUUGCUUCAUGGGGUAGUCAGCUUUGGCAUCUAUACCUGACUCAGGGUGCCAUGUUUGGCAUUGGUGUCUCACUCCUUAACCUUGCUGUGACAGCGAUCCUUCCUCUGUGGUAUGAUAAAUAUCGAUCGUUUGCUAUGGGUAUAUGCUUCUGUGGUGCUGGUAUUGGUGGCCUUGUCUUCGGCUUCAUUAUCCCUGCAUUGAUCAAUGCUGUCGGACUCCGCUGGGCCCUUCGUAUCUUUGCAAUCCUUCAUUUCGUCUGUACAGCAUUUGCUUCGAUUGUGAUACGAGCACCUCGUCAGCUCUCAGGCUCACGCAUUAUCGUUCCCAAGGAGGUACUCAACCUUCAAAUCCUCAAGGACCCGGGGUUCAUAUUCCUGCUUAUUAGUGCUGCCUUCUUCGGCUUCGCAUACAUGGUUCCUUUCACUUAUAUCCCCUCAUAUACUAAAGAUGUUGUUGGCCUUGAUCCCAAUAUCCAAGGUGGCCAUUUGAUAUCUAUAAUGUCAGCCGCUAAUGCGGUAGGCCUUAUCACGAUUGGUUUUGCUGCUGAUUGCCUAGGGGUCAUCCGUGUGACUACGUUUAUUUUAAUGGCAGCUGGAGCGUCUUGUUUCCUUUGGAUGGCCUCAUAUUCGUAUAGUGCUCUUGUUUGGUUUUCAAUCAUGUACGGUUUCUUCUCCGGUGGAUUCUUCAUCUUGGUGGCAGCGAUUAUAGCCAAUACCAUAGGACUGGCUAACUUGGGGUCCGGAUUGACAAUUAUCUUCUUGGUGAAUACGCCCGGCAAUAUACUUACUCUUCCUAUUGCUGGCAAUAUGUUGGGAUCUACUGGCGGCUACAAGGGAAUGAUUGGAUACAAUGCAGCCAUGUACUUUGGUGCAGCUCUGUUUCUGUGCAUCCUGAUGUUUUAUAAUCAUUAUAUCAGGAAAGUCGACGCUGUGUAAACAAAAAAAAAACAAAACAAAAGGAAAUAAAAAGAGU